AUGAGUACAGAAACAGCCACAUACAAGCGGAACCUUGAAAGUUCAAUACUGUUCAUGCAGCGGGAACAUGCUGCAACGAUCAAAGGCCUACAUGAAGAAAUCUCUUCUCUCCAGAAACGAUGCACAGAUUUGACAUUUCAGUUGACCAUGCAAGGAUUGACCAUUGAUGAGCCAGGCACCACAAAUGAUAAAAUGCUUCAGUUGCAACAAGAACUUGAUGCGUCUACCAUGAAAAUCAGCAGUUUGGAAAAAGAGCUCAUUGAAAAAGAUAGAUGUCUAAAACAUCUGGAGACUGAAGCUCGUUCACAAAGGAGGCGUUGGUUUGAUGAGAGUCGGGGACAGUUACAGGUGAUCAAUUCGUUGCGUGCAGAGUUGAAGGAAAAAGCUGAUAAUAUUGCUUACCUUACCACGGAAUUACAUCGAUUAAAACAAAAAGACAAAACCUCUCAGACAAACACAGAAGGUAUCAGUGAGCCGGGCAGAGUUCACACUCAGUCAGAGGUCCCAAAACAUGCACGUUCUAUGUAUCCAAACUCUACACAGUUAUCAAAAAAGACGCCAUUUCAUCAUCAUUUCAUUCCAGUACCACCUGCAGAUAAAGUGCUUAGUUCUUCAACAGCUGCAUCUCGAAUCAGAAGAUCAAGUCAAAUGAAGUCUGUGGUGGAAAACAGAUUUUCUGUAAAGCCAGUGAUUGCUGUUCAUCCCGCCAGUGCCACUGUCCUACGGAGCAGACAGCAUAACCCUAAUCUUCUUAGCGGAAGCUGCAGCAGCGGCUCAGACUCUCCAGAUAUCACACCUUUUCUUCCUCAACCCAAGGAGGAUGUUUUCCCAUUGAUAAAAGUUAAGCAGUCCCUGGUGCUACCGCCUAUACCAGCCAACUCCUCGUCAUCAGACAGUUCUGCUGAUAACCCCCAUCCUGUCUUGGUGCAUCCUGUCAGGUCACCAGCAUCCCAGCCUCGGCAGAAUAAAACCAGCCCAUCCAAGCCUGAAGCAUCAAUCGUUACUCUUGCUGUUGGAAAUGCAGCUGUCUCUGAUGCCUGGUCGUUUGCUCAAGAAUCAAGAAAUUCUGAAUAUAACUGA